UAGAACAUAGACAAGGGCAGGCCUGAUCUUCUUUAUGCAACUGCAGCAACUCUUUCAUUAUUGCUUACUUGUGUUGUUUUGUGGUGUGAGCAAAAAGUCAAGCCCUUACAUGCAUCAAUUAUUGAAAACAUCCAUGUUUUCCAUUUUGACAAGUGACUAAAGAAAAUGAUGUCUUACAAUGGAUAAAAUGGAAAUGUGAUUUUUCAGAAGGACAUUGGCGCUUGGACUCUAUGGGGUGGUUGAUGUGUUUGGAUAAUGUCAAUUCUGAGCGUCCACAGAAUAAAUCCCCUCCCAUGGAGUCCAGACCUUGGUGGUGGUGAAGCUGAUGACUUGUGGGGACCAGAUGGGUAGAGAAUUGAUAGAUGAUGAUUUUACAAAGACGGGCGAGGAUGGGAAGGUGAUGGCUUCAUACUAAACAUCGGCAUGAAGGAAUUAAGUCAGAGAGACAUUAUAUUCAAAAGGGGAACAGAACAAUGAUAGGCUGACAGUGAGGGAGGAACACCAUGCAAUUCGUUAGAUGAGGCCAGCUGACGAGACAGCUGAUUACCCAAUGACAGCCCCAGAAAAUGGCGGCACGAGAGAAUGACAGCGGAAAUGUGAGUGAGCGCGCGUAAGAGUUAUGAAUGAGAGAUAGACGCAAUCGUGAAGGCAAGUAUGUACAGUUGUCUUCCUGACUGAAGUUUCGCUAAAGCUUCAUAUCACGAGAGGGGGUGAAAUUUCAACCUAUGGCAUAACAUACACUUUGGUGCAUAACAGAAGUAUAAUUCAGUUAUAUUUAAGCUCAAUCUUUUGCUAAAGGGAAGUGGAUGUAACAAUUAUGCUGGUAGUGUGAUAAUGUAGGUGGUUCAUAUUUGAAAUAAAAUAUCAUCAGUACAGGAUAGGAUAGACAAAGGAUGGGCUUUCUAGUUUAACGGGGCGUGAAAUUGGGGAAAUACCUUCUAAAAAUCAGCAUUGAGAAGGGGAUACUGUAAGCACAGUUUUCAUCCCAAGCACUUAGACGUCUCUGCUCCAAUAGAGAGGCUGUGAUUCAGAGGAGGUGUUUUUCUAUUGGGUGUAGCUUUUGAAGGGGCGGGACUAUGCCACAGGCUGGUGGGCAGGAAGGGGCUGGCUUUAGGGGAGUGUGUGUGUGUGUGGGGCUUGCUGGAAGUGUUUGAGCCAGAUAGUUGGAGUAGACACUCUUCUGCUUCCUGCCUGCCUGUUUGCCUCGCUCGCUGAGAGAGAGAGAGAGAGAGAGUAAGAGAGAGAGAGAGAGAGAGAGAGAGAGAGACAUCGAGAGAAAAUCCCUGUCUAGGCAUGGACCUCCGGCUGCAGCAGUCGGCAGCUCGCGAGGAAUGACAACAGCUCACAUGGUCAUUAACUCCAGUCGCUGAGGCUGAGGGGAGAGCCGCGCAGUAAAGCUCGGUGUCACAGCAGCGCCGGGUGCUUUCUAUGAUCGGGACAGCAGACAAGACAGCAGAGCGACGGGACACGAGUGAAAUGAGAUCACAGACAGAAAGUGCCUUGUGAGACCGCGGCCCUACUUGAAGAUAUCUGUGCUCUUCUGAAGAGCUUCAGAUUUUUUUCCCCUCUGCAGUCGUGACAGGUCAUCGCUCAGCCGCAAACACCUGUGCUCAGAGAAGAAAACAGUGGAGCUGCUGCACUGCUGGCCGAGGUGCCAAACCUCAUUAAGAGUAGGUACUGAAGACUUUUAGUAAACCACAAACUUUGUUGUCCUAAACUGUGCCAUUGCACCUCAGAAUAGCACCUCUUUGCCCCCCAAACAUCUGAUAUCAUCACUCAUACAAAGGACAUUUUGGGGACAUUGGUACAAACAUUAACGUUUGGCUCCAAGUAUGCCCCCUCUGCCUUGUCAGAGGUCUUCACCUGAGACUUACUGAUUGAUGAACAAUUAGCUUUUUUGACUGACAAACUCCACAACAGCAGUGCUGUCCCAUGCUCCGGUCACAGACACUUUGUCAGUCCAUUACCUCCACUUUCCUGUCCACAAGGACAAACCUCAUCCACUGACCUGACGCAGAUCAUUCACAGCUUCAUGUCCCUUCGCUUUUAGUUUGUUGUGUGUUUUAUUUUUUUUAACUGGGACAUUUAAAAAAAAAAAAAGGCCUCCCCUCCAGAGGAUAGCCUCCUCCUUCAACCCGAGUGGCUCCACUCCACCCCAUCUGCCGACAUGGCUCUAAACAUCGCCUCGAUACGGGACACAAAAUGGCUGACCCUGGAAGUGUGUCGGCAGUUUCAGAGAGGGACCUGUUCGCGCAGUGAUGAGGAAUGCAAAUUCGCCCACCCACCCAAGAGCUGCCAGGUGGACAACGGGAGGGUGAUCGCCUGCUUUGACUCGUUAAAGGGCCGCUGCACGCGAGAGAACUGCAAAUACCUCCACCCGCCCGCUCACCUCAAGACCCAGCUGGAGAUCAACGGGAGAAACAACCUGAUCCAGCAGAAGACGGCGGCCGCCAUGUUGGCUCAACAGAUGCAGUUCAUGAUCCCGGGCACCACCAUGCAGCCUGUGCAGACGUUUUCAGUCAGCCAGGGCCUGGGCUCCGGCGCCGGUUUGAGCUACACACCCUACCUGACUCCCAUGUCCCACAGCAUGGGCCUGGUGCCCACAGACAUCCUGCCCAGCUCGCCCGUCAUCGUCCCCGGCAGCCCGCCCGUCUCCAUGACCGCAGGCUCCUCCUCCAACCAGAAACUGCUUCGUACGGACAAACUGGAGGUGUGUCGCGAGUUCCAGCGAGGCAACUGCGCUCGCGGCGAAACCGACUGCCGCUUCGCCCACCCGAGCGACAGCCCCAUGAUCGACACCAGCGACAACACGGUGACCGUCUGCAUGGACUACAUCAAGAGCCGCUGCUCCCGCGAGAAGUGCAAAUACUUCCACCCACCGGCCCACCUGCAGGCCAAGAUUAAGGCGGCGCAACACCAGGCCAACCAGACAGCCGUGGCCGCGCAAGCCGCCGCCACGGCUGCAGCCAUGACUCAGUCGACUGCCAAAGCAAUGAAGCGACCCCUCGAGGCAACUGUAGACCUGGCGUUCCCCCACGGCGUCCUCCAGCCCCUACCAAAGAGACAAGCACUUGAGAAGAGCAACGGAGCGAGCUCCCUGUUCAACCCCAGUGUUUUGCACUACCAGCAGGCGCUGGCCAACGCACAGCUCCAGCAGCCCGCUUUCUUUCCCACAGGGUCAGUCUUGUGCAUGACUCCUGCUAGCAGUCUUGAUCAUCCUGAAGUAAGCGUCAGGACGGGAACGGAGUGUCACCAAGCUGCACUAGGAAACCCAAAACAGCCCCUGUGUAAAUACUACCUGACCUCUCCCAUAGAGGUCCAGCAACCUGCAUGCUAAGAGUGUAACACUUCAAUUUAACCGUAAGAACUGCAGUGCCGGUGUAACACACACACACACACAGAAAAAAAUAUAUAUACUGUAUGUAUUGCUAGAAAAAACUAUUAACAGGAAAAAGUCAAAAAUAUUCUUCUGUAUAGAGCUACAUAACACACACACUAUAGAGGUCAUCUUAACAACCCAAAGUACCGUGGAGCCCCUCUCCUUCAUAUUUAUUCUGCUGCACAACCUUCAUCCCUUUCGGUUGGAGAGCGAGAAGCUCGAUUUGCACUGUAUGAAACGUAUAGUGUUGAAGGCGGAGAGCAGAAAGAGUCACAGAGAAUCCUGUGCACAACCACACUCUGCGCUUUUUCAAGAACGCUUUCGUCUUUCUCUUUCUACUAAAGUUGAAUGUCCUCGGGGGCAGACAGGUUCAUGUUUUCUUAAUGUGACUUGUCCCCCUGCGAGCUGACCCUCACCUGUCCCAGAUGCUGUCAAAACGCCAUGAUGAAGCUUUUCGCGCUCCCCUCCCCCUGCAUCGCCAAUUCUGGAAACACCCUUGCCAAAGCUCGGACUCAACCUGCCAGAAAAAAAAAAGGCCACAUUUCAACACCCUAAUUCAUGUUUUUUCCUCCUUUGCCAUCGCGAGAGCUGCUCAUAACGAACCCUUUAUAUGUUUUUUGAAAGAUUGUGCACGGAUUUUUUUGCAUGAAGUUCGGUCUGGGGAAGAAAGUGCCCAGAUAGUCGACGCCAUUACUGGAGAAAAAAAAAAAAGAAAAACAGCCUAAAGGCUCGAGUCUGUGCCAAGAGCUUCCCAAAGCUUAAGGGUCUCGUUCCAGACGUACCAAGCCUUGUGUGUGUGCGUGCAUGUGUGUUUGUAUCUGGAGACUGAUGGUCUGCCGGCAGACUGGGACUUAAAGCGAGGUCCAGCAGGUGACGACAACACCAGGAAGAGGUUUUACGGGGGGUCGGGGUGGGGUGAGGGACUUAAGUGCUAAGACUUUUUAAAAAAAAAACACGGUGCAUUUGACGAUGUUCGUCAAGCAAAAAGAUGACUUGAACUUCGACUGGAGGGCUAUCUGUGACCGUCGGUUGUCCUGUCCAACCCUACUAUCACCGAUAAUCCUGUUCCAUUUUAGAAAAAAACUGUAGAAGUGCCUAAAAAAUGCUCAUCAACAUCAACACACAUCCACUUAAGACACUCUGCUCGUCAGAAGCUACGUGGACUCUUUUCGGGGAAUGACAUCACAGAAACAGUAAACUCUUCGUUCGAAACAUCACAAGUGACUUUAUCCAGACGAAAAAGAAGUUAAAGAAACGACAAAUCAAAAAUAGCUUUGUAGAAUGUUUGGUGACUUUCACGGUGUACCAUCGUUUUCUUACCAUGGUUUUAUGAGUAGUUUACAUGAGGAACGUGAGCGGGGGAAAACAGCGUAUUGUGAAACUGUGUAAUGUAUGUAAAGUGUCUCUUACUUUGAGAGUUUAUAUUCACGGUUAUAGAAAUGUAUUCAAAGUUAUUUAAAAAAACUUGUGUUGUGUCUAUUAUCAAGGUAUGUUUGAAUUCCACUUUCCCCAGAAUUCCCCACCACCACCACCACCAUCUCCACCUUUACCAGAACAAAUUAUUUGAGUUCAGAUCUGAUCGAUUUACGCAACGGUUGUCGAAAAAUCUCAGAUACUUUUUUUUUGGAUACCACGUGAUUUAAAAUCCACAGAUAGGCAAACAGUGGUGUUUUUGAAAAUUGCACGGAUAUAUUGGCAUCAUUUUGGUACCAAAACGUUGCCACUACUAAACGUAGCCGUUUUAAUGCACAUUAGAUCGUGUUAAGUUCAGUUACUGAAUGUCGGGUACCCAGCUCUGCUAUAGUUUGUUGCCGUGGUAUCCAAAAUGUAUCGUUAUCGUUUGAUUUUUACACGUAUGGUAUCAAAGCUUAAAGGUCACAUAUUCCUCAAAAUCAUCUUCCCCACUAAUAAGUGUCUCUCGUCCGUCUACAAAUCCCCUCAAUGAUGAGAAAAGUCCAUCCUCUCCGUCUUUUGCCUGCUCCACUUUUCAGAAAAUAUGUGCUCAAACAGGCCUUUUGGAGAUUUUCCCUUCAUGACAUCACAAAGGGCAGUAACCCCUCCCUCAGGUGGGUGACCCUCCCACAGCUAGGUGUUUGGUCUGCCCUCUGAGUCUGCCUUCUCACCGUAAACAAUAGGACAUGGAGCGAGAAAGCCUGAGCCACCCAAGCCCUUCCAGAGAGGGGGAGUGGUCAGACACAGCUCAUUUGAAUAUUUAAAGCUACAGACACAGAAACAGCCUGUUCUGAGCAGGGCUUUAAUAGAGGGGUUUAUAGAGAUGAUCAAAUAAAGGAUCAGAGUGUAUAUAGAACAAGAAACUUCACACACAUGUUUUGGGGAGCUCUGAGACUUAUUUACACGUUUUAAAAAGGAGGAGGAUAUGUGACCUUUAAAAUCUGGUAUCAUGACAGCCCUGUGUUAGACCAAUCCUCUGUUUGAUUUCUGCGUGUUUUAACAGUUCUGAUGUAUGUUCAUGGUGCUUGAUUAUUAACAUUGACAAUCCACAAUCAUACUCCAAAAUCUGAGUUUUCCACUUGGGUUCUUUGGUUCCAUUCACUCUUGAUUGUCUUCAUUAUGAUUUGUGUGUUAACUCUCGUGGACGGUGGUUUAAAAAAAAAAAAAAAAAAAAAAAAGUUCUAUUUUGUUGUAAUUUAUCUUACGUUACUCUUUAGUCAAAAAAAAAACCCAAUGUUGUUAACUAUUCUAUUUUAAAAAUGAAUGUAAUUUAUUGAGCUGUGCUACAUUCUGCACGGUUGGUCAUUUCAAGGUCUAACCCUGUCAGGUCGGCGAAUGAGAAAAAGUCGCACACGUCUCGAAAGGGGGGCGGGGCUUAAAGAAAGUCAACCCUCGCCAACCGACCGACUUUAAAGAAAAGCUCCUGGAUCUUUCUUGCCUUCUCGUUGAUAAAAAGAUCAUGGUGUCGCAGUAAUGAGCGUAGUCAUAGAGUCGCUUGUGUCGUUGGGAGAAAAAAAAAAAUUGUUUAUUGUAUAGAUGACAUUUUACCAAAAAAAAACAAAAGAGAAGAAAAAUUCAUAAAAAGAUGUACUUUUCACUCUAGUAUAAUAGUAUUUCAUAACAAUAUUAAGUUGUUGCCGUGGCAGCCAAACGUUGCGAUUACUAAAGUUGGGUAUUUUUGUAAAUGACAUUGUUGAGUUUGUUUCUUUUUGCUAGAACACUGUACACACGGUAGAUUGUAAAGAACAUUUCUUAUUCCUCACCUCACUGAGAUUACGACAAUGACCUAAUAUUUUCAUUAGCCGAUAACAGCCUCCGUAGCGCUGUGACUGUAACACGUCAAUAGAUUUAAAGUCAUCAAUAUUACAUAGAUUAUACAUAAAUAUAAAUAUAUAUAUAUAAGAGGUAAAUAAUCUAUAAAUUAAUAAGUUGAGAUGUACAACUCUCCCCCUGACAGAGGACCUUUAGGUUCCACAUCGAGACGUUUUAUUCCUAUGUAUCACUAGAGUUAAGGAUUGCACUUUUUAUAUCGUUUAAAGUGAUCUGUUUGAGAUUAUUUUUCAAGUUUCGCCCCGCCCUGAUAUUAGAGUUAAUGAAUCAAAAACCUCGACAUGUUGCAUGAGAACAUUUUCCUUCUUCAGGCCGAGUCCACACCAUAGCGGGUAAUUUUUCAAACAGGUUUUUUCCUCCUCCGUUUCCAAAAAUAAUCCUGUCCACACACGCUAAAUUCUGAAAAACAUCUGAAAAGUCAAAAACGAUGUCCUUGGCAUGCCAAAAUGUUCUCGCCGUUCCUCUGCAAUGACCAUUUCAUUUGACAGAAUUUUCCAUUCAGGUGUCCCUGCUCUUCAACAUCGUUGGAGCACUCGUUUGGUGACGUCUGCUGUCGCUCUUCUCUCAUGAAAACAAAAGUGACAGCGUCGCAGUAUGACAUCAAAUCGAAGAGAAACCGGCGCGCGGUGUGACCUUACAAACCCAAAACUCAGUUCUACACAUAAACACCUUAAACGGGUUUUCUAUAAAUCUGGAAGGAGUUUUCCAAAAGGUGCGUUUCCACAGAAAAAACUCUGUUUCCAAAAAACACCCGCCCUCGUGUGGACUAGGCUUUAAUAAACGAUAACUUUCUGAAUGUUUCCAGUGGAUUAAAAAGAGAAAGAAUUCGGUGAUCCCAUGACGCCCUCGUGUACGACAUCCUCUCGAAAUUAAAUGUGUUCUUUCCUUUUUGGGGGAAAUGUGUCGGCAAUGAUUGACUUAUGUUAAAAAAAUAAAUAAAAUGUAAGCACUUUCUGAGCAGUUGGUCAACUGAGCAGACUCAGCUUAUCCAAACACUUUGCCUUAUCUUGAGUCCAUUGUGCUUGAGGUUUUUAUGUUCUUAAGAGCUCUUUUAUCCAAUUUUAUUAAAGAGGCUUGAAUGGCUCUCUCAUCUCAGAUCCCUUCUCGGUUUCAUUUCAAAUAUCUUUAUAUUAAAAAGUACUUUUUUUUUAAGGUUUUAAUACGCACACGACAAGGCCAAAAGAGGGUGACGCACUGCACACGAGCAAUCAGUCAUUUUUUCUUUAUUUUCCGUCUCCUGAAUCUGUAGUGAGAUCUCGUUUUUGGGUGUUUCACAGCUUUAGCCAGCAGAUGGCGCUACACUGGAGACUGCAGGUUAGGAAAUGUGACUGCCUGUGCCAUCUUUUUUUUUUUUUUUUUUUUUUUCCUUUUUUUGCAGUGUACCCUAGCAACAAACUAAAUUGACAAGAAGACCCUCAUCGGAUUUAUAGUUUCAAUGUAAUCAUUUCUAAAUGUAUUCUUUUGCAUAUAUUUUGUGCUAUUUUAUGUUUCUAUAGUCAAAAUGUUUCUUUGGUUCCAGCGAGAUAGUGUAAAAUCUAUUGAAAGAAAGAAAUAAAGAAAAGAAAAUGAA